AUGGGAAACUCUUUAUCUGAAUUCAGUAAACUUAAAGACAAAUCUCAGAAUUCUAUCGACGCAGAUAUUGACGAUACCAGUUGGCUCAAAGCUGUUGACAAUUCGUUCGUUUACGUAUGGUGUGAUGAAUCCAUCGGCACACAGAAAUUUGUCAGCGAUGCUAACAAUACGCUGAGAAAUAUUGCGUCUAUCGCCAAUCCAAAGCGGCAACUUGUUCAUACUUUCAACGAAUUGGACGCUUGUAAAGAUUUCAUCAUGCAUGUCAAUAAUGUAUGUUUAAUCAUUUCUGGAAAGUUUGGGGAAGAACUUAUACCAAAAAUUCAUAAUGCCGAACAACUACAUUCAGUGUAUGUCUUCUGUAUGAACAAGCCGAAACACGACGCAUGGGCGGUGCACUACCGAAAAGUUCGUGAUGUGUGUACUAACAUUGGAGAUAUAUGUAAAUCGUUGAAAAAGUAUAUUUCAUCACCAGCGAUCAUUGACUAUGAUCGAAUUGAUUUUGAUAUUAUCAGUACAGAGGCAUAUUCAACAGAACCGCAGCAGCUCGAUCUAAAUUUAGUUUAUUCAAUUCUAACAGACACUUUCAUAUUGGGAAUGGUGGACUCAGCGGAUCAUGGUAAGCAAGACAUGGUCAAGUAUUGUCGAAAUGAAUAUACGUCUGAUUGUCAACUUUAUCUAAUCGGUGAUUUUGAAAAAAACUAUUCACAAUUCAGUCCGAUCUGGUGGUAUACGAAAAGUUACUUUUUCCAAGGAAUGAUCAAUCGAGCAUUACGAACACGUGAUCUCUAUGUGCUUUGUUCACUGCAGCGCUUAUUAAAAGAUUUAAACAUUGAAUUGACACGAUUGCAAGAAAAGCAAAAGAAAACGACUGGAUCACUGGAUUUGUAUUUUGUUCAAACGCUCGCAACCGCUGAAUUGCGCCGACUACAAGCAUCAUAUGGUCAAUUAAUGUGUAUCAAUCAAUUCAUAAGCGCUAAUCCAGAUAAAACGAUUGCAAUCGUCUUUAUGAAACAUCAAGCUUUGAAAUCGAAUCAAGUUCGCAUUCUUUUUCACAUUCAUAUUGACCAAACCUUGUCAACAAUUGUUCCAUACGCCAAUAUUGGUUCGAAUAGUGAUUUCGUUCACGAAAACGAACAUCUUAUCUCAAUGUUUGGAUACUAUCGUGUUGGCAAAGUGGAGCAAGUCGCCGACUUUCAAUCGACAUGGCUAGUAAAUUUAACAUUAAUCGGGAAAGACGACUAUCAAUAUAUGCAACUGAAACAUCAUCGACUCGAAAACAUGUAUCUAGUUGAUCUGGAUCAAACAGUUAAAGAUCGAAUAUGUCGAUUCAAAUCGGCCAAUAAACUAUUUCGACAGGCUUUGUACAAUACGAACAAUCAAAUGGAAUUACGGGCAAUCGUGUUACAUUAUAAUUUGGCUUUACUUUAUGAUAGCUUUGCUGAAACUAGCAAAUCACUCGAACAAUAUCAAUGCGCUUUAGCUGUGGCAAGAAGAUCGAUUCCAAACUGUCAACACAGCGAUCAUAUAUGUCUAGUACCCAUCUUUGCCAAUAUGGGAUUAACUUUUCUACAAAGCAAUGAGUGCGAGUCUGCUACUAUACAGGGAGCUGCUAUUGCACAUGGGAUUCGGGCAAUAGGAAUCUUAUCGAAAAAUGAACAAAUUUCUACAAUAAAGAAAGAACUUGAAUCGGCAUGUUAUAUUAUCUAUGGAAUUAUUCAUGAACGAAUUGGUCAAACUUCCGACGCUCAAAAGUAUUUCAAUGAAGCGUUAGCAAUCCAGAAAAUGUAUUUACCGUCGAAUCAUCCCGAUGUGAUAUACUCAGAACGGCUUAUUGCAUUACUUUCAUCGAAAUUAAGUAGCUCGGACUCGUUCAAAAGUGCGAAAUCUUGA